GAAGAAUCUGAAUUCGUUUUUCUGUCGAUCAUCGUUCACUUCCAGGCGCGAUUUAGGAGACGGAAGCUAUCUGCAGGCACCACGCGCCGACUGAUUCCGCACAGUCUGCUGGAUUUGGAAACAGCCGUGGACCCUUAAAUGGCUGUUGAAUCGCUGUAGCGCGUUUUGUCUCACACCCAGGCCGACGCUGCUCGUGGGAGUCAGUCACGGCGGAGAGCGGCUCCUGAGAGGAUAUGCAGAGUGUUUUACGUUGAUGAGUGUACACGACGUGUUUUUGAUGAAUUCGGUGACUGUUGCAGCUCUAGUUGCAGCGUUUGCGUGCAUCUGAGAGAUGGAAUCUGCUCAGGCAAUGCAAUGCGACGCAUCUAAGUGGGGAGUAGGGUCGGGACUUUUCAUCGCUGGGCGAGAUUCUUUAUCAUGAGGUGUUGGUAGGGUUGGGUUUUGAGAGAGUGUGAGGAGAUUUCUCGCGCCUGAAGAAUGCAUUGCUGUGAGAACUGCGUCGUGUCCCAUUUUGUGCUGCGGAGACUUUCGGUGAAAUGCUGGGCUUCUACCAGGAGGGAUAGAUUAUUAUUCAGUGAGGUUGAAGUCGGUGAAAAUACUUGGAUAUGUUAGACAGACGGGAGGAUCCACGCUGGUGAAUGUAGAGUCAAAUGGAUAUCAUCUCUUGUUUGCGAGCAGCUCCUACUUUUCUGCAAAAGUAGGGAUUCACGAUGAUCUUCCCUUUCUGUGCAGGCUUGUGAGUGUGUCGCUCCAAUCGCUAGAAAUGGCUGAGAUAAAGUGUGCAUCCGAGUCGAGGCGUAUCGGGACGCUGACAAGUAUUUUGUUAGUGAUCCUCAGUGUUGUUUCGGUCGCAGGGCAAGAUCUAGAAGCUGACACUAGGGCACUUCUCAUCUUUAGUAACUACCACGAUCCUCAAGGAACGCAGCUGAAAUGGACCAAUGCAACUUCGGUGUGCGCUUGGAGAGGCAUAACCUGCUUCGAGAAUCGAGUCACAGAGUUGCGGUUGCCAGGCGCAGGACUUCGGGGAAUUAUACCGCCAGGGAGCUUGAGCUUGAUCUCGGAGCUUCGGGUGGUGAGCCUGCGGAAUAAUCAGUUAGUAGGAUCGUUUCCGGACGAGUUUGGAAGAUGCAACAACUUGGAAUCAGUGUUUCUUUCCGGAAACGACUUCUCUGGUCCAAUACAAAAUCUUACUGGACUCAUGCCGCGCCUAACUCACUUGAGCUUGGAAUACAAUAGGUUGAAUGGCACCAUUCCAGAAGUGUUGAGGUUAUACUCUCAGCUCAGCUUACUUAAUCUCCGCGACAAUUUUUUUUCCGGUAGAAUUCCACCAUUCAAUUUGGCGAAUUUGACGGUGUUUGAUGUGGCCAAUAACAAUUUGUCUGGACCGAUUCCAGAAUCUCUGUCCAUGUUCCCUGUUGCGUCCUUCCUCGGGAAUCCUGGCUUGUCUGGGUGUCCUCUCGACGGAGCUUGUCCGUCUGCUUCCCCGGGCCCCUUGGUAUCGUCUCCAGCGUCAGGAAGCAAGCGCUUAUCAGUAGGUGCCAUCGUGGGAAUCAUCCUGGGGGGAAUUGCCAUUCUGGCUCUUUUUGCAUGUCUCCUUGUGUGUCUGUGCAGACCAAAUAAAGGUCUGCUGGAUGCCGCAGUAUCUGACAAGGGUGAGGGUUCUCGUGAGAGGUCUCGGCAUUCUUCUCUUCAGAAGACGGUCGAGAAAGGGGAUGGAGUGCAAGAAGAACGCUAUUCCUGUGCAGAUGUGGAGAAGCAGGGGACCCGUGGACUAGUUUCCUUCUCCGCAGUCUCGUUUGACCUCGAAGACUUGUUCCAGGCUUCGGCAGAGGUCUUGGGCAAGGGUUCUCUGGGGACAGCUUACAAGGCGGUCUUGGAGGAUGGGACCGCUGUGGUGGUGAAGAGGCUGAAGAAUGUGUCCAGCGACAGAAAGGAAUUUGAGGCUCAGAUUCAGAUUGUAGGAAAGUUACAUCAUCAGAAUUUAGUGCCGCUCCGAGCUUAUUACUUUUCCAGUGAUGAGAAGCUCUUGGUUUCAAACUUCAUGCCCAUGGGCAGUCUCGCUGCUCUUCUGCAUGGAAAUCAACGUAGCAACAGUCGUGCAUCGGUGGAUUGGCUGACCAGAAUAAAGAUUGCAAUUGGAGCUGCGAAAGCACUUGCAUUCCUGCAUGCACGCGGCGGUCCCAAUUUUGCGCACGGAAACAUCAAAUCCACCAACAUUCUGCUCAAUAGAGAUCUUGAAGCAUGCAUCUCUGAUUUUGGGCUAGUGCACCUGUUUAGUGCUUCGAGUAGUACAUCUAAAAUAGCUGGCUACCGAGCGCCUGAGAACUCCACAUCGCGAAGAUUGACACAGAAGUCGGAUGUCUUUAGCUUUGGAGUGAUACUUUUGGAGCUUCUGACAGGGAAAUCACCCAACCAAGCGUCUGCCAAUAAUGAAGUAAUCGACUUACCACGUUGGGUGCAAGGCGUUGUGCGGGAACAAUGGACCGCGGAAGUCUUCGACCUUGCGUUGAUGCGGCACCAGAACAUCGAAGGGGAGCUGGUGGCCAUGCUGCAGAUCGCAAUGCAAUGCGUCGAUCGUGCACCUGAGCGGCGCCCAAAGAUGAAGCACGUGCUUACCAUGCUUGAGGAUGUGCAUCCGUUCAUUGCAGACAGUGGCGACGAGACAUCGCGAUAUUAUGAAAGUGCAUCGGAACACUUCAGGGGUAGUGACAGAGAUUCUCCGCAGCAGAGCCGCCCAUCUUAUCCCCGCAUCUCAUGAACUCCGUUGGCGUUCCUCGCGUCCGCUUGGGCAUUGUGGUUCCAGAAUGUUAUUGUUGAGAAACUCCUCGUCUUCACGAUUUGUAGUGAAGAAUCAUUCCUCUUAUGGCCGUUGCCUGUAUUAGGACCAGUGUCAAGAUAAAUUUUUUUGUUCCAAUUCAUUGGAAAUUAUGUAAAACUUCGUAGCAUUUAUGUUAUUUGACCUAUAGGAUUCGAGCCAAUCUCUCAGUUCGCUUUCUUCUUGCUUUUAUGAUCCGACUUGGUCAAAAACUGAGUACCAAUGGUAUGCAGCAAUCUUCACUCGGCCACCUGCUUGUAUCAAAUGUACAUUAACGGAAACAGUUAUCGCCCUCUUUAA